AUGCGCAUCAGUUCUUGUGGACAGAUGCGUCAUUCGCUGGUGUACCGUCAAACCGCGGUUUCAAUGCCAACAACUCGAUUAAAUCCAUCUCCUGAUCAUUAUACCACGUGGGGUAAAGCAAUCUUAGCAGAGAAUAAUAGACGUGUUGGACCUGAACACAUGUUUCGCACGGCUAUUCGAGCCCAACAACAAUUACAAGGUUUAGCGGAUAAAUGGACUCCGGAUGCGAAAGUGUAUUGCUGCGGUUCUAUGGUAACAUAUGGACAAAUGGAGUGGGGAAGUGAUUUAGAUCUUGCUUGCAUGUUUGAUGAUCCAUACCCUUCACAUGAGGUGCAGGCAAAACGAACAGACAAAUUAUGGACAGUGAUGAAGCGUUAUGUACCACAUUACCUUCGAAAUAAUCUUCUUGGCCUUACAGAAGCACGUACUCCUGUUGUAAAAUUACGAUUUGCAAAUGAUGAAAAGGUGGCAAGAGCACGUUAUACACCACUAAGUGAAGAAGAAGAUCGAAAAGCUCGAACCGCUCUCCUUGAUGUACGAAAUCAAUGUAUUGAUGAUCGUGAAAUAGAAUAUAUUGCAGAAAAAAUGGGACGAGAAAAUGUAGAAGGUAUUUGGGUAGAUCGUACAACUUAUGGUUGUCGUAUUGCAAUUCAAUGUACUUCAAAAGAACAAAUGAUUGAGGCUAUUGGUUUUUUUCCAGAUGGAAAAAUUAUGACACGUGGUAUGCGUGAAGAUUAUACUCGUGAUGUACUUGAUCCAAGAUUUGUUCCUGAAAUGUUUAUGUAUCGUUGGGAUAUUUCUUUUGUAGGUUAUGGAGUUAAAAAUAGUUAUCUUAUUCGACAUUAUCUUCAUAAUGGUCCAAGUGCGGCAAGACAUGCUGCUAUGGCUGCUAAAGCAUGGGGAAAAGCUACAAAUGUUGGAGCUGGAUCUGCAGCUAUGCUUACAUCCUACGCCGUUACUAUUAUGUUUCUUUAUUAUUUAUUAGUUACACGUCAAGUGAAAUGGAUUGAUCCAUGGUCACUUCCACAUCCAGCUCAUUUACCUCGAUAUCCUGAUUUUUCUCCCUUACAUGAUUGUGACCCUGUAGAGUUAGGACGUUUACUACAUGGGUUUUUCAUUUUUUACGCUCAUCACUUUGAUUACGAGAAGGAAGUAGUGAGUUUAAGUCGAAAUAGAAGGAGUCGACGAUCUGAUAUUGGAUGGAAUUUUCCACAGAAUAAAAAAGGAACUUUCAGCUAUUAUUUUUGUAUUGAGGACCCUUACGAAGAUGUUGGAACUGGUGGAUUAAACCUUGGUAGACAUUUGCAUCCUGCAAAGUUUCAACUUGUAAAACAAGAAUUUCUUCGGGCAGCUCAAUGUAUGGAACGUUUCUCUCCAGUAACAGCACCUGAGAAGUCUGUUCUUGGUGUUAGACGUGCUGAAUUGCGACAUUUUGAGCGGGAUAGAGAUCGAGAUAGAGACUAA